AUGCGCUUUGCCAAGAAACACAACAAGAAGGGACUGAAGAAGAUGCAGGCCAACAACGUCAAAGCCAUCAAGGCCCGAGCAGAGGCCAUCAAGGCUCUGAGCACCAAGGCCUCCAAGGCCAAGCUCCUCAGUCCCAAGAUCUCCAAGGCCAAUGCCCCGCGUGCUGGCCAUAAGAUGGCCACCGAGCAUCCAGGCCCAAGGGCUGCCAAGUCCUCUGCCCCCAAGGUCACCAAGUCAGAUUCCAAGGUCACCAAGUCUGACACCAAGGUCACCAAGUCUGAUCCCAAAGCAGCCAAGGCCGCCAAGUCUGAUUCUAAGGUUACAAAGCCCACUGAUGCCAAGGCUGCUAAGCCUACUGAGUCCACUGAUUCCAAGGGCGCCAAACCAAAAGAUGCUGGGGCUAAAACUUCUAGUCCCAAGCCUUCAAAAUAG